AGACAGCGGCUACAUGGCGAGUGGUUGGAAAGAGAGAGGCUUGCUCAGGAGGAAUUCAGGCUGCAGUUUGAGAGGGAGGAAGCUGUGCGGAUAAGAAGAGAGGAAGAGGAGCGGAUGAUAAAGGAAGAAUGGGAUGCCCAGCAGAGGAAAGAAAAAGAAGAAAAAGAGCAGAAGCAGCAGGAGAAGCGAGACAGAGAGGUGAAACGGGCCCUAGGAGGAUAAAACAAAGAGAAAUAUAUCCUCUUCUACUUAAUAAGUAUUUAUACAGUCCAUCCAAAAGUGAAGAUUUAGAUAAUCAUACAGUUAAACAUAUCUGAUGAUUCAUUAUUUUCCUAUGAAAAAUGUAUUCUUGCAUUAUAUCUGGUUGUUUUUAAAUGUUUCCUUGACUGCGUGACACAAGCAGCUAUCCUUAACAAAGAUACACACAAAGAGAAAAGCCCUUACCAACACCUUCAGCUCUCACAACAAGGAUAUAUGCUGCAGUAUGUUGACUUCUACUCAUGUUCACCAGCCGUGUCUUUACACCAUUUGUAGGAGGCUGUUCAGAAAAUGUUGGAUGAAGCUGAAAAUCAGCUCGAAAAUGGAGGGCCGUGGAUGAAUCCUGAGGCUCCAGUGAAGGAGAGCUCUGAGAAUUAUGGCACAGAGCAGGACGUCGCCAACUGUCCCUUCUUCUUAAAGACCGGGACAUGUCGAUUUGGAGACAGAUGUUCUCGGAAGCACGCUUAUCCAACAGCCAGCCCUACUCUGAUGAUCCGCGGUAUGUUUGUAACAUUUGGCAUGGAGCAGUCUCGACGCGACGAUUACGACGUAGAUGCUAGUUUGGAACACAGCGAGGAGGAGCUUCAGGAGUCUUUCAUCGAGUUUUACCACGACGUCCUGCCAGAGUUCAAGAGUGUUGGCAAGGUGGUGCAGUUCAAGGUCUGCUGCAAUCAUGAGCCACACUUAAGAGGAAAUGUUUACAUCCAGUUUGACACAGAGGAGCAGUGUAAAGACGCCUUAAUCAAGUUCAAUGGGCGGUGGUACGCAGGUCGGCAGCUUCAUUGUGAGAUGUGUCCUGUUACACGGUGGAAGAAUGCUAUAUGUGGAUUGUUUGACAGACAGAAAUGCCCCAAAGGGAAGCAUUGCAACUUCCUGCAUGUAUUUCGAAACCCUGGCCAUGAAUUCUGGGAGGCUGACAGGGACCUGCACAUGUCGCCCGACCGCAGCGUCAGGGGGAGCCACAGAGACUGGUGGCACUCGGAGCGUUACGGAGACCGAUCUUGGAGGCAGCGCCACUGCAGCAGAAGCCCGCCGAGAUCGGAGAGAUCCCACAGCAGACGAGAAGAUGACAGGCGCAGGAGCAGGAGCAGGGAGAGGAGGACCUCCUCACAGCAGCAGAGAGAAGACAGAUGGUCGCACAGAUCCAGAUACAGUGACAGGAGGAGCGAUAGAUAUCGGAGCAGAAGUAGGGACAGGUCCAGGAGUAGAAGUAGAGACAGAGAGCGAGACAGACGGCGAAACAGGAGUAGAGAUAAAGACAGAGAGCAAAAAUAUUGUAAUCAAAGUGAAGAGAGAGAUAGUAAAGACAAAAAUACUCAUAAAGAAGAGAGAGACAGGUCUAGAAGCACAAGCAGAGAAAGAAAUAAGCAAAUCAGAGAAAAGAGCAAAAAUCGGAGCCCAGAGAAACCAGACGAAAAUGAGAAACCCCCAGAUGAUGAUGAUACUAAAACACGUCAUCGCUCUAAAAAACACUCCAAAAAAAGCAAGAAAAAGAGUAAGAAGAAGCAUAAGAAGAAAAGCCGUUUGUCUGAAGGGGUGACUUCAUCAGGAGAGUCAGAAAAAGAGAUAGAAUUGGAUGAAGAGAAUGUGGAGAAAUGUUCUGCAACAAGUCUGAGUCAGGACAUAAAAGAAACAGAGCUGCUUCAGAAAAACAGCAACUUAGAUGGAAGUUCAAGUGCUGACGGUGAGAAAAACUGUAGUCCAGAUGUGAAAAGUGAAAAAUCUGACACAGAAAUCCAGAGUGAGCUGACAGGAAAUGAUGACAUCUGUGCUUCUUAGUGGCUCUUACAUUUGAAAAUGUGUACAUUAACUAUGUGAAUAUAUGGGAAGUAGCUUAUCCUUUGAACAGAUCUAUGCUACACCAUUACCCAUCACCAGUAUGUACAUAUGUGAAUGUUUUGCUGUCAGUAAAUGUUUGAUGUUGCUUUAAUUACUGAACACCUGACCAGAUGGAUUUGUGGCUCUGAGUAAAAACUAUUAAAAAGAA